UGAUCAUCGUCAUCGGAACUGUCUGAAACACUGCUCACACGCGGCAUGCACUCUCAAAAUUCUAGAAAAGCGGAAGACCUCCCUUUGGACAACUCAUCCCCUUCUUCCUUGCCAUCCAUCCUUCUCUCCGUAUAUAAAUUCCUCUCCUCUUUCAACAGCCCAACUCUCUCUCUCUCUCUCUCUCAUUCUUUUCUUUGCCAACUCUGGUCUGAUCCCAUGGUGGUCGGGUUUCAGACCUUCGGAUGAUCCGUUCCAAGACAUGUGGGUGAAAUCUGAAACGGGUCUGGGUUGGUGAAGAAGAACAGAAGCUUUUAUGAAAAAAGCCAUGGAGGUUGAGAGGGCGAGGCAGUUGCUGCUCCUUUGGUGUGGAAUCCAAAGCACCCGUGUGGCCCUCGUGGGUGGCAACCACACCGCCGCCAGAUUUUGCAGCCGUUAGAUUCCAUUUUCCUCAAACUGCUUUCUUCUGUAUCUUCAACUUUUUUUGCAUCUGGGUAUUCUCCCAAUCUGCGAAUCAAGCUCUUGUCACAGAGAUCGAUUGGAUCUCGUGGUUUCUAAGAAUUGACUUCUUUUGUUAAUAUAAUUCAAGCAAAAAGGCCAACAAAGUCAUGGGAUUUUCUCGGUUUGGAGACAAGGAUUACGAAAACAAGAUGAAGCACAUGCGUAGUGGAAGAAUGGGUUCGAAUUCAAACACCCUUUUGGUCAUUCAGCUUCCUCAUACACGGGUUCUGAGUGUUCUGUCUCGGUCAGUAUUUUUGGUUUUGGUUAUUCUCACAUUGCCUUGUAUUGUGUCCAUUCUUAGAGGUUCACCUUCUGAAUCUAACAAUGGAUCUGAUAUCAUCAAUUCCAAGCUCUUGAAUUCGCUUUUCCGACAUUUGGCCAGUGAAGGCCUUUUGAGAAAGGGCGAUAAAGCUCUGAUCAUUGUGAGCCCCGGCAGCACUGCGGGAAUGAUUCAUCAGAAUCUGCAGCUUUGGCACAACAAUGUGAUUGAAGUGGUAAUGGAUUAUGAUUUGAAGGGACAAAGCUCGAUCCCUGAUGAGACAUUUGAUUUCGUUUUCACGUCCAGUUUUUCCGACACUAAAUUUGUCAACCGUGUUCUCAAGGUUGGAGGGAUUGUGGCUGUUCCUCUGAGCAAAAACCCAUCAAACGGUUUUCGAAAACAUUCUAACUAUAGGAUCGUGAAUCUUUGUCGCUAUAAUUCCACCAUUAUGGCAAUGAGGAAAGUGAUGUCCUUGACAAAGCGGCGGCGGCGCGUUUGCCAAAUGGCGUCGGAGGCCAAGAAGGCCAUGUUAGAGAAUCUUGAAGAUGUCUUGCUAGAGCCACCGACAACCAAGUACUUGAAGAAAAUCAAGUUCCUUCCUGACUUGUUGGGUGAUAAUCUAGAAGGCUAUAAGCGGAGAGUUUUCAUUGAUGUGGGGUUGGCUGAGGGUGUGACUGAAUGGUUUCAUCAGAAUUAUCCCAAGAGGAACCAAGAAUUUGAGGUUUACAAUCUUGUGGCAGUGGCUGAGGAAAGAUCAACAGGUGUUGAUGUCUCAGAUUGGUUGGUGAAGAAUGUGAAGGAAGAGGAAUAUGUUGUGAUGAAGGCAGAAGCAGAAGUGGUGGAAGAGAUGAUUAAUAGGAGGACAAUCUGUUUGGUGGAUGAAGUGUUUUUGGAGUGCAGGAACCAUUGGUGGCCAGGUGGUGGGGAUAAAUAUUACAAGAGCAAGAGGGCUUAUUGGGAGUGCUUGGCUUUGUAUGGAAGGCUGAGGGAUGAGGGAGUUGCUGUUCACCAAUGGUGGGGAUGACGCAGAGUUUAUCAGUUGUUUGAAACCCUCAUUCAAGGUGCAACAAUAAUGUGGAUAGAGAUUCGAACGAUAAUAAUUCGGACAGUAAAUGUAAAAAAAUCCUUAUUAAGUUAACCGAGUUUCGGGUAAUAUGUCUUAUAGAGGCUCUCUCUCACAUUUGCCGGUGAUCCGGAUCAAGUAUGGAUGGCUUUGGUGUUUGAUGAUCUUAUUUUAUUUCGUAUUAGUGUGAGGUUUCUGUGAAGUGGGACUAAGUUCCUGUUUGUCUCUUGAUGAUGUCUCUUCAUUAAAAAAAGUAAGAGAAAAAAAGAAAAAGAAAGAUCGAGAUUGCUUUUUA